AUGAAUGUCGAUGAACCCCCUCGCUUUGAGGAUCUACCACUCUCGGAGGCAGGCCCACCUUAUUCGGCCUGGGGUCUGUGGAAAGAGCCUCAACGGGGAUCACUCAACUACUUGAACGAAGAGAGGGUGUUAAAGGCGGUCAAAGAAGAAAUCACCAAUGGUACUAGAAUCUGCCUGAAUCUGCCUCUCGACGCCAUUAUCCCUGGCUUGCUUGGGCGCCAAAGUUUUGAGCAAAAACUCGUCAAUAAGGAGCCUCGAAUAAUCAACGAUGACAUUAUAUGCUUCAAUACUCAGGGUAGCUCUCAAUGGGACGGCUUCAGACAUUUCGCAUAUCAGAAGGAGAAGGUGUUCUACAAUGGAGUCACACAAGAUAUCAUACAUGGCCCAGACCACCCUGGAGUCAAUGGGAUCGGGGCUUGGGCUCGGCAGGCCAUUGCUGGUCGAGGCGUACUAAUAGACUUCUGGGACUGGGCUCAAACCCACUCUCACAAUUUCGACCCUCUGGGGACGUCACCGAUCACGGUGGAGCAGAUCAAGAGAAUCAUGAUAGAGAAGAACAUCGAGAUGCGCACAGGGGACAUAUUUAUCCUCAGAACAGGUAGCUAUGUGUCAGCGUAUCUUCAGCUCAAUGCGCAGGGAAAACGAGCUAUAUCUGCCAAAUUUGCUUUCCCAGGCCUUGCACAAUCGGAAGAGACAACACGGUGGCUAUGGGAAAGACAAUUUGCUGCUGUCGCGGCAGAUUCACCCGCUUUUGAAUGUACACCACCGACCAAUCAUGAAUGGCUUCUUCAUCCUAUUCUGCUCGCUGGAUGGGGAACACCUAUUGGAGAGUUGUUCGACCUUGAAGAGUUAUCUAUUACAUGCAAGAAACUUGGCAGGUGGACAUUUUUUCUCAGUAGCGUUCCGCUCAAUUACAGUGGUGCAGUGGCCAGUCCUCCCAAUGCAAUGGCGAUAUUGUGA